UGUGUGUCCUCCUGCAGACCAUGGCUUUACUACCAUUCCUGUUCGUGCUCGUGCAAAGCCUGAUCCAGUACCCCCAGCCGGCUGGGGAUGGGCUGGAUGAGGCCACGCACCGGCGAAUGCAGGAGCGUCAGGAGCUGCUGGAGCAUGAGAUGGCUCGGCUGCUGCAGGAGCUGGAGCGGGGGCCCCCGGACGAGGGCUGGGGAGCCAUGCUCUUUGGUGCCCUGCAGCAGUGGCCAUUCUGGGUUCUUGCUGGACUCCUGCUCCUCUUGGGCCUGUGGUUUAGCUGCAGGAGAAGGAGCUGUGAGGUCAGCAGCAGCGGCAAGGACCAGAGCUCCUGCAAAACCUUGGAAGACGACGAGUGGGAAACAGAAGAGGAAGAAGACUGUGUUGAUUCAGAGGAAGAUGGAGAAGAUGGAGGAAACACGGAUGUGACUGUGGAGGCUGACAAGAACGGCAGUGGAAGUGACAGAGAAGGCAGUCCUCUGGUGUGCACGUGCAAGAGGGAGCAGCUGGGCGAGAAGCUGUUGUGCUUCCUGCACGACUCGCAGGAGGAGCUGUGGCGGAAGCACAAGCGCAGCCUCCUAGAGACACUCUGCACCGGCUCCUACCUGGAUGUGGAGAAGACCUCCCACUGGUUCCACCAGCUGGUGCGAUGUUCGUGGCUCCAUGUGCCUCAUUCAUACUCAUGGCACUUGGUGUUUCAGUCCUGCAGCCGGUCCUGCCAAUUCCAGCUGAGCAAAGGCAAGAAGAGCCUGAUGGUGGAGAUGCUCUUUGGGGUGCGCCAAGGGGACUCCGACAUCUUUGUGGUCAGCCAGCCCACAGAGGCCCAGAAAGGUGCCUCCAUCAACUUUGUGAGCAGUCAGCCUGCCAAGGCCAACAUCAUUGCAAGCACAGCGUGGCCUGAGACGUACGCUGUGGCAGAGGCGAAAUUCUUCCAGCACAUCGCCAGGAAGCUGCCAUGUCGGAGCUUGCAUCUGAAAUGCCUGCAGGUCUUCACCUGCAUCCUGAGGGGCACAGGGUUUUCCAGCUCUACCUGGAAGACUGUGGUCAUGCACGUGCUGACCACAGUACCCGUGUCCCAGUGGCGCAGGCGGGAAUUUGAACGGCGGCUGUGGGAUGUCAUGGCGUACCUGCACCGCUGCCUGCAGUUGAAACGCCUGGAGCACUUUGUGCAAGGCAAUGAGAGGCUUCCUGCAGAGAUCAGCUUGCCGCCGGCAACGCGAGGGGUUGAGCCGCUCAACCUCUUCGAGCACCUGGCCCGAGAUCCGGCCACCCACAGGGAGGCGAUGCAAGCUUAUGGCCAGCUGCGAUAUCGCCUCUGGAUGAUGCUCUCCAGCCACUGAGAG